UCCGCCCUACGUCGUUACAGGGAAUCGUUCCGUACAGUUGGAAUCUCAUCUCCUCCGCCCCGAGCCCAACCCAAUCCCAAUCAAUCCUCCCCUCUGAAUCCGCUGCGAAAUCUUGCCGGGGAUUAUAAUACCUUUUCAAUUCAUGUCCUUCUGGGAGGCCGUUUAGUUGCCUCUGCGCCGCGCAGUGUUUAAUCUCUUAAGGCAUCUCUUGAUAACUAAAGAACGGGUAGUCGAAAAAUGACGAAUGCUUGCGUUACUAGAUUGCCGAGCAUUCGUCUAGUGCCGCUUCCACGAAAAAGAAAGUUUGGAAGAGUAUUCACAAGAAACUUUUCGACAUGUGCUUCGACGCAUUCCUGUUCAUCUAUGCCUCUUAUCUAUCCUUCUGUUUCUUGUAUGUUGAACAACGGGAAGUUUGCCGCAUCAGAUUCUCCUCCCCAACGGUCGGACGAAUGGUUUGCAUUGCGCAAGGACAAAUUAACGACUAGUUCAUUCAGCACUGCGCUAGGAUUUUGGAAAGGGAACCGUAGGUAUGAGCUGUGGCACGAAAAAGUGUACGCUACGGUUGAUCAAUCGAUCGAGGGGUCUAGGAAAGGUCCAUUGGAGUGGGGAAUUCUUAACGAAGAUGCAGCUAUAGAGCGAUACAAAAGCAUUACGGGUCGUCGUGUGAGUUCAUUGAGUUUCGCAGUUCACGAAGACGAACGGUUUCAUUGGAUUGGAGCUUCGCCAGAUGGGCUACUCGAAUGCUUGUCGGGGGGCGGGAUUUUGGAAGUAAAAUGCCCUUUCAAUAAAGGAAAGCCGGAGACGAUGUUGCCGUGGUCGACAAUGCCAUUUUAUUACAUGCCUCAGGUGCAAGGUCAGAUGGAGGUAAUGAAUCGAGAUUGGGUGGAUUUAUACUGCUGGACUCCAAAUGGGAGCAAUAUAUUUCGUGUUCGUCGAGAACCUAGUUACUGGGAAUUAAUUCACGGGGUUUUACGCGAGUUUUGGUGGGAGAAUGUCGUACCGGCAAGGGAUGCUGUUCUUUUGGGAAAGGAAGAAGAAGAAGUGAAUGCUUUCAAACCUGCGUCGAAACAUAGAUUAACCGGACUUGUUGUCGUCAAAAGCUUGAAAUUAGCCGAGGAGGCGAAGUUGCUUUGUAAGGAAAUUGCCGGCCAUGUCGAAUAUUGUCAUUGAAGCGCAAACAAAGCGACCCCUUUUGGGUAAAUGAUAAAUCGGUUCGUAUUAUUCUACAUUCGCUUAUCUAUUAAUAUCUUCUUUUAGUACAAUUCGAGCUUUCAGGUGUGACAGUCAUUCUGCAUCUGACAUGGUAUCUGAGCCUAGGUUGGGUACUCUCGUUUGCAGAUAAAUAAUUAAUGGCUGCGUUUUUCUAAUAGUUCGAACUUUUAGGUGAAACGGUCGUUCUGCAUCUGACAAGUACAUUGAGCUGUCUAAAAGCCUUAAACUUCCUAUCCUUUUAAGGAAAUUUAUUUGCUCGAUGAUACCGUCUCCUUUUCUCUAUGCUUUUCUUAAUUAUGUCUUGAAAUUAUAUUACUUGUCGAUCUUUUUUGUUGCA